AUGUGUGUAGACAGCUGUGCAAUCAACAAGAUAACAACCAAGUAUAGGUUUCCAAUACCAAGACUUGAUGAUAUGAUUGAUAUGAUGGCUGGUUCAACUAUCGACAUAAAAUUGACUUACAAAAGAGGGAUAGCUGCUGAUUCAGAAAAGGUGAAGGCAAUUGUAGAUUGGCUGGUUCCUACUAAUUUGAAGGAGGUUCGCAGUUUCCAUCGACUAGCUUCAUUCUACAGGCGAUUUAUAAAGGGGUUUAGCUCUAUUAUGGCUCCUAUCAUUGAUUGCAUGAAAGCAGGACAGUUUCAAUGGACAAGAGUUACAACUAAGACUUUUGAGGAAUUGAAGAAGUGA